CUACGACCGGCCGCGCUCAUGCUAGGUGCGCGCGAGGACCGCCCAUCGCAGAAUGAAGUGGCUGUGCUUGAUUGUGUUCACUGUUCUGUGUUUGCAGUGCGAAGCCGCUGGGAACAAGCCUCGGAGAGGACGCGGCAGCAUGUGGUGGGGCAUAGCGAAAGCCGGUGAGCCGAAUAACCUGUCGCCGCUGUCACCAGGUGUGUUGUACAUGGACCCGGCGGUGCACGCGACCCUGCGCCGCAAGCAACGGCGGUUGGCGCGAGAGAACCCGGGCGUUCUAGCCGCCGUAGCUAAAGGCGCCAGCAUGGCCGUCGCCGAAUGCCAGCACCAGUUCAAAUACCGGCGGUGGAACUGCUCCACUAGGAACUUCUUAAGAGGAAAAAAUCUGUUCGGCAAAAUCGUUGAUAGAGGUUGCCGCGAAACAGCGUUCAUCUACGCGAUCACCAGCGCGGGAGUGACGCACGCGGUGUCUCGCGCAUGCGCUGAGGGAUCCAUAGAAUCUUGCACGUGCGAUUAUUCUCAUGUGGAUCGUACGCCGCACCGCUCCCGCGCCGCCGCCGCCGCCAACGUCCGCGUUUGGAAGUGGGGCGGUUGCAGCGACAACAUCGGCUUCGGAUUCCGGUUCAGCAGGGAAUUCGUUGACACCGGAGAACGAGGGAAAACAUUGCGGGAGAAGAUGAAUCUGCAUAACAACGAGGCUGGACGAGCGCACGUACAAACGGAGAUGCGUCAGGAGUGCAAGUGCCACGGUAUGUCUGGCUCGUGCACGGUGAAGACGUGUUGGAUGCGGCUGCCGAGCUUCCGAUCGGUUGGUGAUUCGCUGAAAGACCGCUUCGACGGCGCGUCGCGGGUGAUGAUGCACAACGCGGAUAUUGAGGCGCCAGCGCAGCGGAACGACGCGGCGCCGCACCGGGUACCGCGCAGAGACCGCUACAGGUUCCAGCUGCGGCCCCACAACCCGGACCACAAAUCCCCCGGCGCCAAAGACCUCGUGUACUUAGAGCCGUCGCCGGGCUUCUGCGAGAAGAACCCGCGGCUCGGCAUCCCCGGUACGCACGGGCGCGCCUGCAACGACACCAGCAUCGGCGUCGACGGCUGCGACCUCAUGUGUUGCGGCCGCGGAUACCGGACAGAGACCAUGUUUGUGGUGGAGCGGUGCAACUGCACCUUCCACUGGUGUUGCGAGGUCAAAUGUAAACUGUGCCGUACCGAAAAAGUGGUUCACACGUGCUUAUAGGCCGGGCGCUCGUACCCUGUACAUAAUGUGAUCGAGUAGAAACUACGCUUGUGUUGGACGGUUGUGAUUGUGAUUCGGACACGAGGAGGGACCUGUUUAAAGUACUCCGACGCAGAUAACGGACCGUGUAUAUAAUCGCUUCACUUUUUCUUCUAUCGGAGUCGUCGAAACCGUAUCUCAUGUUGACUUAUGUAAAUAGUUCUGUAUCACUGUUUAUUUCUUCUCUCUAUGCGUAUAAUUGAUCCGGUGUGAAAUUAAUAUAAGCUCCUACUCGUUCGGUUAAUUUAUUUGGCUAUUAAGUGCGAACAUGUGAUCUAGUAACUUUAUUUUUUGUGGACACUGCCGUUGGGAAACUAAUGAGACCAGUUUAACGUCGAUAUAUUUCUGUCAGCCUGUCAUCCCUCGUUUACAAUUCCAAUUGGACUUAUUGGUUUCCAUGCGCAGUCAGGUGUAUAAUUUAUUUAUUUUAGAUAUCGUACUUAUUAUAUUCGAGUGGCUGCGCGCGGAGACACCUACGUGGAUGCAUUACGACUUUAAAUGGUAUUUCUUAAUAUCAUUUCAAAGUUAACAUUCUUUUAAAGAAGUCGUUCGUUAACGACGACAAUAAUCGUAUAAGCUGUAUAAAAUACUUUCUAUUUUAUAGAGGUCCGCGUCGAGUGCGCGGGCGCAUAACUGUUUUGAGAUCCAAGAGCGAAAUUAUCUUGUAAUUAUAAUUUUAUAUUACAAAGAUCGGUAAUGAAAUUUGUGGCUUAACAACAUUUGCAUAAAGUGUCUUCUUGGGUGUCCGCCGGCGGUGGCUGGUCGCGGCGUUAUCAGUCAGUGAGUAGCGCCAUCGUAAAAGUGUCCCACAUUACGAGAUAAACGCUCUCGAGAAUUUUAAUUAAA